AUGACUUCAUAUGCUGCCCAGCUGAGUUGCGCUAGCUGCGCCGCUACGAACGGAAUAUCGCGGACAUGUUCCGCUUGUCGCCAGUUAUGUUGCACCAUCUGCUCCCGAGAGCCAGCGGAUCAGAUUUCGAUGUUUAAUGCACCGUCUGUUUUGUGUCAAAACUGUCUUGAUUCAAGUGCAGAUACCGCAACCCUAGGACACUGUGAACUGCAUCCUGGCCGUAUUCUGGAUUUGUACUGUUUGACUUGCAAUAUGCAAAUCUGCGCUGAUUGCUUUAUUAUGGUUGCCGAACAUAAGCGCCAUACAAUCGAUAGUGUAGAAACCAUCUAUCGACAGAAGCUACUGGAAACAGUAGAAAAGUUUUGUGAGAUUUCUAGACGAUUAAAGCAGAUUGAUCUGAGCGCUGUCUGGCAGGUGAAUGAAAACCUGAAAAUAGUCGAAGAAGUAGAAAAGCAGAUUUUGACGGAGGUAUGUCAGCUUGUACAGGAACGUACUGCUAGUUUGGUACGCCUAACUGCGGAGAAAAAAGAAAUCCUCAAUCGAACGAAGGAUGUAAUUAAUCGCGCUAAGAUGCAGCAAUUGGAAACGAUGAAGGAAAUUGAUGAAUUGAAUUCGUCCGAUUUCCUGCGUUCGCAGGAAUCAUUGAACGUACGUUGUGGACAAAUAUUACGAGAUAUAGAACAAUUACAUGUUCAACCGGUUCUUUGGGACGAUAUACAAUGUGAUCUUAUUCCAGUUUGCAAGAUGCAAACCAUUUUCCUAAAUCUGCGUCCUGAUAGCACUUUGGAAGGACAACAGAUUUCCGUUCAUCUUAUUGAUGAUUGUGGUAUUCAAUGGACCGUAUUGUUUUAUGUAGAAUCACUAACAAUUUCAUCGGAGAUAUUUCCCACACAAAAAGUGCUGGAUGGGUUUCAGUUUAGAGCUAUGGUAGAAAUUUCUCAUACCACUCGAUUGAAAGUAUCUGGAGCUAGUUUUAUUUUUGGUGGUCGAAUGGAACGUAGCCAAUUGAUUUCCAUAAAACAUUUACAAUGUACAGGUUUAUUGUCGGACGAAGGAAUUUUGAAACUACGAAUUGGCAUUCGAUUGGAGAACAUUGUCGGCGAGAAUAAAUUGCUUAAGGCAUUAUUGCUGGAGGAACAAAACGCAAACUCACAUUUAAAAAUAGAACAAGCUACUUUGAAAGAACAAAACUUAAUACUUCAGCAAGAGAUUGCACAUGUUAGAUUUUCCGCUUGUCAAUCAAUAGCAUCUUACGAAAAAAUAAUGACCAGUUUGAGUAAGGAGAACAAGGAAUUAAAAGAAGCGUCUGUGGAACGUUCGGCUACACCGAAUAGCCAGGGAAGUUCACCUACUUAUGAAGAUAAGCAGAAAUUGAUCUCGGAUAUGAAGCGCUUGCAAGUCAAAUUAGAUGCAAUGAAAUGCUCUAUGAAAUCGAUGAAUCCGUAUGCUAUCGGAAGUUUCGAAAUAUAUCGUUUCAGCAAAGAAACCAAAUUUUAUUCUCCCCAUUUGACCACAUAUAAUGGUAUUACAAUUUACGUUGUUAUACAACCAAACUUUUUUAGCGAUAAUGCAUCGACAGUCAAUGCCAAUGUCUGCUGGGCUAAAGGACCAAAAAAGAACUGUGAAGUUUUUAUAGAAAUAAUUAAUGAAUAUGAAAAAGACUGCGUUCGCGAGGAUCGCGUGUUCGAUUUCACGAAAGGAACUAGUUUCACGUGGAGAAACGUUAUCUCACAUUUUGCCUUAUUUAAUGGCAAGGGCGGUUUCCUGGCGGAUGAUAAUUUAAAAAUUAAAUUUGGAUUGCGUCCCAAACUAGACUAA